AUGAUACGUUUGUGCACGAAUUCAUACCAGCAGAACGCCUACGCCUACGCAUACAAAAGGUGGUAUCUAGCCAUUAAAUAUAAGAGUCGGCCACCUCAGCUUGAAGAGGAACCAGAGGCUCAGCGGUGCAAUUCCUCAGUUAGUCAGAAUGUGGAAACAUCGGACGCCGAGGACGACAUCUCAGUGGGUGACAACAGAAGCGAGACUUCUACGCCUAAAAAGUCACAAUUCACAUUUCCAGAUGAAUAUAAAAAGAAAUUGGAUGGAGAAGAAGCAGAGAGGUCGUCACCUUUAGAGUACAGUUUGAACAACCAAGCGAGCUACAGUUCUCCUUUCAAAGAAGACGAGAAUGACUAUGAGAACCGGUCGGAAGAAAGAAUGAAGCUGUAUGAUACUAGCCUGUUUCACUUGUAUAGGCCAGAGCGUGAUGGCAAGAAAGACGAGGGGACUGAAGGGGCAGCUUAUGAGCACAUGAAAGGUCUAUCGGACAGUAUUUAUGGCAGGUCUAUGGAUCUGUCGAAGAACUCAUUCCAGUCGCAGCUGCUGGCAGGUUUCGCGUCAGUCAUAGCUGGCAAUACUCAGAGAGAAUCACAAGAAUCCAAUGACCGUCAGCCUGGCAGCCGGCCCACAGCCUCCUCAAGUUCAAGCCGCAAGCCGCGCCGGCGCCGCACGGCAUUCACUCACGCGCAGCUCGCGUACUUAGAGCGCAAGUUCCGCUGUCAGAAGUACCUGAGUGUGGCUGAUCGGGGAGAUGUGGCGGAGGCGCUCAGCCUUAGCGAGACUCAGGUGAAGACCUGGUAUCAGAACCGACGAACAAAAUGGAAGCGCCAAAACCAGCUGCGUCUAGAACAGCUGCGCGCGCAGGCAGCGAGCGGCGAGCGCGAGCUAUCGGCGCACGCGCUGCCGCUCGCCUGCGCGCUGCUGCCACCCUACCCCGCGUAUAUGCACUGCCAUCUGUGA